CUGAUGUUUUACGUUAUUGGUGGAAUCACAGUGUCUGUGGUUGCAUUCUUCUUCACAAUUAAGUUCCUCUUUGAGCUUGCCGCACGUGUAGUCAGCUUCCUCCAGAAUGAGGACCGUGAGCGUCGAGGGGACCGGACUAUUUAUGACUACGUGCGGGGCAAUUACCUGGAUCCCCGGUCUUGCAAAGUCUCCUGGGAUUGGAAGGACCCCUAUGAGGUGGGCCACAGCAUGGCCUUCCGAGUGCAUUUGUUCUAUAAGAACGGGCAGCCUUUCCCCGCACAUCGGCCGGUGGGACUGAGAGUUCACAUCUCCCAUGUUGAACUCGCAGUGGAAAUUCCGGUGACCCAGGAAGUCCUUCAGGAGCCCACUUCCAACGUGGUAAAAGUGGCCUUCACUGUGCGCAGAGCUGGGCGUUAUGAAAUCACAGUGAAGCUUGGUGGAUUAAAUGUGGCCUACAGUCCUUACUACAAAAUUUUUCAACCUGGAAUGGUAGUUCCUUCCAAAACCAAAAUUGUGUGCCAUUUUUCUACUCUUGUGUUGACCUGUGGCCAGCCACACACCCUUCAAAUAGUGCCCCGGGAUGAGUAUGACAACCCUACAAACAAUUCCAUGUCCUUGAGAGAUGAGCACAAUUACAGUUUGUCCAUUCACGAGCUCAGUCCUCAAGAAGAGGAGAGCACUGGUGUCUCCUUUGAGAAGUCACUGACUACCAACAGGCCGACUUGCCAGGUGUUCUUGCUACUCAUCCUGCAUUCCCAUGGCUGUUUCCAUGCCUGCAUUUUAUACCAAAACCAACCAAUAAAUAAUGACAAGUUUGACAUUAUUGUCCUAAGUAAUGAAAAGAACAUUGUUGAGCACAAUGUAUCCACCUCAGGGGUUAGUAUUUACUUUGAGGUCUAUUUGUAUAAUGCCACCAACUGGCACCUUCCCCCCAUGCACGUGAGGUCUUUUCAAAGCUGGCCUUCCACUGCUGUGGAGGAGGAAGAUGAAGAUUCACCCUUUGAGUGCUACACCCCAGAGAAAGUGAAGAAACCAAAGAAGGUGUACUGCUACGUGUCACCAAAGCAAUUCUCAGUGAAGGAGUUCUAUCUGAAAAUCAUUCCCUGGCGCCUUUACACCUUCCGAGUCUGUCCAGGAACAAAGUCUUUCAAAGCCACUCGGAAUUUCUCCAUCUCAGAUUGGAGCAAGAACUUUGAAGUGGUUUUCCAAGAUGAAGAAGCCCUGGACUGGGGAGGGCCUCGCCGGGAGUGGUUCGAACUGGUCUGCAAGGCAUUGUUUGAUACCACCAGUCAGCUCUUCACUCGAUUCAGUGAUAACAACCAAGCAUUGGUGCAUCCCAACCCUAACCGCCCCGCCCAUCUGCGGCUAAAGAUGUAUGAGUUUGCAGGGCGGCUGGUGGGCAAGUGCCUCUAUGAGUCCUCUCUUGGCGGGGCCUACAAGCAGUUGGUCCGCGCUCGCUUCACCCGAUCUUUCCUGGCCCAGAUCAUAGGACUACGCAUGCAUUACAAGUACUUUGAAACAGAUGACCCAGAAUUCUAUAAAUCUAAAGUUUGUUUCAUCCUCAACAAUGACAUGAGUGAGAUGGAGUUGGUCUUUGCAGAGGAGAAAUACAAUAAAUCAGGUCAGCUGGAUAAGGUUGUAGAACUCAUGACAGGUGGAGCUCAAAUCCCAGUCACCAAUGCAAAUAAAAUCUUCUAUUUAAAUUUGCUGGCCCAGUACCGACUGGCCAGUCAAGUGAAAGAGGAGGUGGAACAUUUUCUAAAAGGCCUGAAUGAGUUGGUUCCUGAAAAUCUUUUGGCUAUUUUUGAUGAGAAUGAACUUGAGCUGCUGAUGUGUGGGACUGGGGACAUCAGUGUGUCUGACUUCAAGGCCCAUGCAGUGUUCUUUUAUUUAUUCUCUUGGGGCCCAGACACUUGGGGGCCAGCUGGUCAGUCCCCCAGCACUGUAGCAUCUCUGAAGGAGACCAGGUACCGAGUGAACAACCCGAAGAUUGCCACCGUGCUGCCCACUGGCCGAGAGCAAGGCUGGCAGUACACGCAUCGGGCCACACAACAGGUGUAA